AUGGGUGACAAACCGGAAUCAUCCACCAAGCAACCUGCUCAAACAUCUCUCCACAUUGUUUACUCGGUCACCGACAUUCAGAAAAAAGUGUGUGUUCUUGAUGGGAUUAAGGUCACGUAUUCUGCGUGGGUGAAGCUUUUUCAACUUCAUGCACGUGGGUACGAAGUUUUAUAUCACAUCACUGCACAACCACCUGCUAAAGAUGGCCUUGCAUACGAACAAUGGAUGAAGAUUGAUGGUAUUGUACUCCAGUGGAACUACAAUACCUUGUCAGAAGAUUAUCUCCUUCGUGUCCUCGAGGCCGAAUCAACUGCUCUUGAAGCCUGGGAUCGUGUUAAGGCCAUCUUCCUCAACAACAAAGGCCCUAGAUGUGCUGCACUCCAACAGAAGUUUAUCAAUCUCAUACUCAGUGCUCCUCCAUCUCUAGACGUCUACUGCCAAACACUCCGGGAUCUGGAAGCCCAAUUGAAUGAUAUCGGUAGUCCCAUCAACGAACAAAUUCUGGUUUUGCAACUGGUCCAUGGAAUAUGA